AUUUUAUGCAUGUCAGCUCUAAAGUAUGCCCUGUAGACCUCAAAUGGGCUUACUCCCAGAUCAUCUGAGAUGCAGACCUGAAAGUAACUGCAAAUUAAGGAAGAAAUGCAAUCCUGAAUCUUUCUGCCGUUUUUGAGCAUGUUCUAAAUUCAAGAAGAGAGAAGGAAGGUCUUACGGUAUACCUAAAUCAUGGAGGGACUCUUGCAUUAUAUAAAUCCAGCACAUGCUAUUUCUCUCCUAAGUGCUUUAAAUGAGGAACGACUAAAAGGGCAACUUUGUGAUGUUGUUCUGAUAGUGGGAGACCAAAAAUUUCGAGCUCAUAAAAAUGUUCUGGCUGCCAGCAGUGAAUAUUUUCAGUCUCUGUUCACUAAAAAAGAAAAUGAGUCUCAGUCAGUGUUUCAGCUUGACUUUUGUGAACCGGAUACUUUCGACAAUGUAUUAAACUACAUUUACUCAUCAUCCUUGUUUGUUGAGAAAAGUAGCCUUGCUGGUGUGCAAGAAGUGGGCUACAGUCUUGGAAUUUCCUUUCUUACUAACAUUGUUUCCAAAAGUCCUCAAAUUCCAUUGCCUGCAUGUCCUAUUAAAAAAAUAUUUUUCCAAGAGGAUGAUGAAAGCAGUUCCCAGAAAAGAAGUGUCAUAGUUUGUCAGAGCAAAAAUGAAGCACAGGGAAAAAAUGUUGGUCAAACCUCACAUGAUGUAAGCCAUAAUUCUAAGUCCUUGUCCCCAGUUGCUGUCAAACCUAAGCGGCCACAAUCUACACAGCCAACUGAGUUUCUACAUAGCCUAUCGCAAAAUGAAAGGAGAUGGCUGAAAGACAGUUCUUUAAGAUACUCCAAGUCCCAUGAACAUUCUUCGGCUACAGCAGAUGAUCAAAGCAGAACUAAAAGGAAUGCAGUAUUGUCACAGAAAACAUCAGUAGAGAAAGAAGUGGGAGCAGACGAAGCAGGAGGAAGUGAUCAGUUCCUAAGAGGAAAGGCAGCAGAAGUACCUUUGAAAAGACCUUGUCCACCAGUCUUAUCAUUACGUAGCUGCUCUGAAUCCACAUUUUUGUUGAGAGAGACAGGAAAAGGAGCUGGUCCAGGGGAAGACAGGAAUUUGCUGUACUAUUCAAAGUUAGGAUUAGUGAUCCCAUCUAAGGUAUCUGGUCCUGCGAACCAAAGUAUUGACAGGAGUGGGCCACUUGUAAAAAGUCUCCUUCGAAGGUCAUUGUCCAUGGAUAGUCAAGUUCCUGUUUAUUCGCCUUCUGUUGACUUCAAGUUUUCUCAAGGACCUUCAGUGGUGAACAACGCACAAGGGAGAAUGUUAAAUGUAAUGUCACAAAAGCCACCUGUGAAAGACUCUUCAGGAGAAGCAGCUCCUGGUGACAAGACACAUGUAAUGUACCCCCAUCGCCUUAGGUCCUUUAGUGCCUCCCAGUCUGGAGACAGGGAGGUCGCUUCACCUCUUAGAGAAAUACGGAUUAAAACAGAACCUAGCAGUCCACUUUCAGAGCCUUCUGAAAUAAUAAGAAUUACUGUUGGGGAUGCUUCAUCAUCUCCCAAUAAGAUUAAUGCUUUUAAAACAGAAGAUGAUCAUAAGGAUCUCAGUAGACUCCCAGCUAAAAGGAGGUUUCAAGCAGACAGAAGGCUACCACUCAAAAAAAUUAAAGUGGAUGAACAUGCUUCCCCUGGGUCCGAGGACAAUUUUGAGGAAAACUCAAAUCCUACACCCCGUGAUGCUGAUUUCCCAGAUUCUGACAUUAGCAAAGAUGAAUAUAGUGAGCUGGAAGAAACAAAGCCUAACAAAAAGUUUAAGUGCAAACAUUGCCUUAAGAUAUUCAGGUCAACAGCAGGCCUUCAUCGUCAUGUCAAUAUGUACCACAACCCUGAAAAACCCUAUUCUUGUGAUAUUUGUGAUAAGAGAUUUCAUACAAACUUCAAAGUUUGGACGCAUUGCCAGACACAGCAUGGAAUCGUGAAGAACCCUUCACCUGCUUCCAGUUCCCACGCUAUCUUGGAUGAAAAGUUCCAAAGGAAAUUAAUUGAUAUAGUGAGGGAGCGAGAGAUUAAAAAGGCCCUGAUUGUCAAGCUAAGGCGUGGCAAGCAAGGUUUUCAGGGACAGGCUGGUUCACAAGCACAGCAAGUCAUCAAAAGAAACCUGAGGUCGAGAACCAGAGGAGCCUAUGUAUGUACCUACUGUGGGAAGGCAUAUCGCUUCCUCUCACAGUUCAAGCAGCAUAUAAAAAUGCAUCCAGGGGAAAAACCAGUUGGAGGAAAUAAGCCACUUAAGCCCAAAGAGGAACCUCGCGUCGAAAGCCCAGUAGAAAACAAAAAAGUUUACCAGUGCCGCCUUUGUCAUGCUAAUUUUCCCUCUCUUAUUGAACAGGGGAAUCAUGAGCGGCUCUGCCGGAAUGCAACCGUCUGCCCAUACUGCAGCCUCCGUUUUUCUUCUCUAAACCUGAAGCAUGACCACGAAAUGGCAUGCGAAUACAAGAAGCUCACCUGCCUAGAAUGCAUGCGCACUUUCAAAUCCUCUUUCAGUAUUUGGCGUCACCAGGUUGAGGUUCACAAUCAAAAUACCAUGGCUCCGACAGAGAAUCUGUCUCUGCCGGUCCUGGAACACAACGGCGAAGUGAGUGGCACUUCCAGGCUGCAUUCUCAGCUGGAGCCGAACAAGACGAACAGCUUCGUUGCAGCCAAAGACGACAGCGUGUUCAGCGACUCCUCCGAGCAGAUUAAUUUUGACUCGGAAGAUUCCUCAUGCCUCCCCGAAGAUCUGAGUGUCUCCAAGCAGUUUAAAAUCCAAAUCAAAGAAGAGCCUGCAGAUGAUUUAGAAGAGGAGGUCUCUGAAGGCAACCAGGAACACAAGGAAACCAUCUCCAAUAAAGACACUGGCUUGUGGCCUUGUGAAAAAUGUGGGAAAAUCUUUACAGUACACAAGCAGCUAGAGCGCCACCAGGAGCUUUUGUGUUCUGUGAAGCCCUUCAUUUGCCAUGUAUGCAACAAGGCCUUCCGCACCAAUUUCCGCCUCUGGAGUCACUUCCAGUCCCACAUGGCACAAGCCACGGAGGAGCCUGUGCGAAAGGAACCUGAGAUUUACGCACCAGCUAAUUCUCCGUCACCCCCACCCUUGCCUCCUCCCCCACCCCUUCCCAAAAUACAACCUUUGGAACCCGAUAGCCCUACGGGGUUGUCAGAAACUCCUUCAGCUGAGAAAUUAUUUGUCCCUCAGGAAUCGGACACACUCUUUUACCACGCUCCACCACUUUCAGCGAUCACUUUCAAAAGACAGUAUAUGUGCAAACUCUGCCAUAGGACAUUCAAAACUGCAUUUAGUCUUUGGAGUCAUGAACAGACACACAAUUAAAAGGAGAAGAAGGCAUAAAGAAUGCCUACAAGGGAUUUUUAAGAUUUAAUUUCCCUGAUGUUUCUGAAGUUACAGCAUUUGAAAUGAAGUUUUAUAUAUAUAAAGGGACAAGAACCCUCAGCAAUUAAAUUUGACAUUUGUGGUGCAGCUUUGGAUGUGGAGAUUAAGGUAAACUCAAUUUAUUGUUAGUAAAUUGCUCACAUUUUAAGGCGUUGUGGUCUAGGAUUUCCUACUUAAUGAAUAAUUGCAUUCAUUUAAAUCUGGUUACAUGUUCUUUAUCCUGUGAUCCUGGUAUAUAUGGAUUUAUAUACCAGUAAAAAGGCAACAGCAAGUUAAAAGAGUUUAGAAUAAUGCGAAUCCUGAAAAAAAUUUAUUGUUUUCGCAGAGAUUAAUUCUCUCAUGGGCGCCAUAGAAAUAUUCGUCAUUCAUUUGAUGUUAAGUUGAGAAUUUUGCUGUGUUGACCUUGAUCUUAUUAAACGUUAGCAAUAACAAAUAAAACCUCAUUUGAGUUAACUUGACCCUUA